UAAAGAGAAGCAGAUCAGUUUGCUCUCCCUGGGCUCCGCUGUCAGGCUCCACUCGCUCCACUGACACAACUGGACACAUCCGGUACCAUGCUUUUUCUUUUUGACCUUUUCUUCAUUUAUACCACAUGCUUGAAGAGUUAGCAGUGAAGAAGGACAUCAGCUGUAAGGACACCAGAGACAUUUCAGUGAGACUUAUCCAGCGUCCUGGACUUGUCCUGUGAGGAGACUAAAUGCCUUUCAUUGACAAAAGGCUCCAGAUGUUCAAGCAGCAGAUCACUUGAUCGAGAUGGGUAAUAAACAAACUAUAUUUACUGACGAGCAGCUUGAUGCCUACCAGGUGAGCGUGCAUGUCUGGGUCUGUACGUGCAUCAUACAUAUACUGUGCAUGUCCAACCCACCAGGAAUACAAGUUUGUAAGAAAGAGAAAGAAGGGAAAGAAUUUACUCAACAUUGGUCGUCAAUAUCGCUUAACAUCAAUCUAAUGGAACAAUGUGGUCCUGUAUUUCACGUAAGUGAAUGAUAUUACAGUAAAUAACCGAUUACCAGUUGAAGUGUUAUCAUUUCUGACUCCACAGUUCAAAUAGAUGAAAUCAAGUCUUACAGCUGAAGGUCUCAAUUUCCCUGCAAAGUGGAGGAUCUGCUGUCUGUUGAGUUAUGAUCUGAAAACAUCUGACCUUUUUCUGUUCUCCAUGGAACAAUAAUCCAGGUUUUUUCCUGUGAAGAAACGCAUCUUCCUGUGCACAGGUUUAUCAUGUGAUUAGGUGUGGACUCAAUAAUUGAUGCCAAGUCAGAGUGAUAUGCUGUGAAACUCUACUCUCAGGAGACAGUUUGGUUCUCAAGAGCCUCUCUGGUUACUCCUGCUUGUUAAAAGUCCUUCUUAGAAUACUGUUGUUUUUUGUUUAAGCCUCGGUUCAAUAUCGACCAGUGAGAGAUCUUAUUUUUGUAGAAUCAAAUGUUUUAGAUAUUCCGCCCGAUACGUAAUUCAACUGACCAAGGCUUUGUAGAUAGCUCCUCUAAGAAAUUCACAGCUUGAUAUUGUAAUUACACUUUCUAUCUUUUCUAUGUGUAUAGGCUCCAUCAACAGCAUCAUAUUGUAUGAGGGAUACCAGUUGUCUAUGAUAUCAUUGUCAGAUAUUGCUAUAAAUAUUCACCCACAUUAUAAUUAACCUACACAUCCUCAAAAGGGUUGUUUUAGACUCGAGCUGCCACAGUGAAUAGGGAUCCUUCCUUUUAUUUCUUCCUAUAUUCCUAUAUUGUCUCUGGAGCUCAGCUGGCCUCACACUCAGGAGACACAGCUCAGACACAAUUGGCAAAAGAGAAAAUGUAAACUGAGGUGCUCCCAGUCGGGCUGUUGGAUAAUGCGUGUGCCAGUACAUGCAUGUCAGACAGCAGCAGAUCAUGUUCCUCCCUGCCUCAUCGCUCCAACCGUAAGUGGCAGGUGACAACACCCGCACACAUUCCUCAUUUAAGAGAAACUGAACACCUCAAUGAACGCUUUUACAGUAAGGGCUGUAAACAUGACUGUCAGAGGAAGAGUAAUGUUAUUAUAUAUGAUUCACACACACGUGUCACUGAGAGUACAGUGUGUAAUCCAUGUACCUUCUGCAUUUGGUUGUACGGUUCAGCUCUUUAACAAACUCACACAUGUGUUUUUCUCAUUGCAGGACUGUACAUUUUUCACCCGCAAAGAAAUUUUGCGGUUACAUGGCAGAUACCAUGAGUUGGCUCCACAUCUUGUACCAAUGGACUACACCAAGGAGCCUGAUUGCAAUGUGCCUUUAGCCUUGAUAGUCAACAUGCCAGAGUUAAAGGAAAAUCCGUUUCGAAACAGGAUCGUCGAGUCUUUCUCAGAAGACGGGAUGGGCAAUCUCAGCUUCAAUGAAUUCGUGGACAUGUUCUCAGUCCUCAGUGAAAUGGCUCCUAGGGAACUCAAGGCCAUAUAUGCCUUCAAAAUAUAUGAUUUCAAUGUGGACAAUUACCUGUGCAAAGAGGACCUGGAAAAGACUCUGAAUAGGCUGACAAAGGAGGAGCUGACUCCCGAGGAGGUGGAGCUGGUGUGUGAGAAAGCCAUCGAGGAGGCCGAUCUGGAUGGAGACAGCAAACUCUCCUUUGCUGACUUUGAGAAUAUGAUAUCUAGGGCACCUGACUUUUUAAGUACUUUCCAUAUACGAAUCUGAGAGGGCUAAGUUGAAGCUUUCCAAGGUCGACGGCGUGAUGAACCUCAGGACUCUACCUGAACUGUGUCCUGGCCACAGCACAGUGCCUGUCCUCCAUUCCCAUCGUCAAAAAGAGAAUCACAUAUCAGUUCUCUCUGGCUUCAUCGAAGUCUGCCGAGUUAGAAAUCAAGAUAUUGGGUAAAGCUGGAUUCCCAGGACGCUGGAUUUCUCGGCUGCAGAUGAAAAUUUAUUUUUUAUUUUAUUACUUAUCAAGGGCUUGACCUGGUUCGGUCUCUCGUUGGGAAAAAACUAGAUUCUUCCACAUUUUAAGUUUGAAAAAUGGGAAAUGAAACAAGUCUAAAAAUGAGCCAGUCGUCUCCGGAUUGCUGCUUAUACUUAAAAUAUUUAUCUACCUACAUUGCACAUGUCUUCCUACAAUGACACAGUAGAUGUAAGGUGAAUGAAAGCACAGCAUUGGCAUUAAGGGCAUACAGAUAUUCUCUAUAUGAGCUAUGCAAUAUUUGUACAUGCGGUGUGUUGCUUUAAGUCAUGCUAGGUUGUGUUUCUCGAGCACGUUGACAAUCAUAUAUUCCUGUUCUCCGGGUUAAAUGAAGGGCUCUGUCUUCCGAACUCAUUGUGGUAUCUUUCAUCUGCCUCAGCCAUUAUCAUGAGAUGGUAGUUACAGCCAUCCUUUGGUUACUACACAUGUUAUAGUAUUUUUAUGUGACUUCAGGUACUUUUGAUAAAUGCUUUUUUCCUGUGUGUACUGGUUGUUUGUGUGGUGAAUUGCAUUUGUGUCAAUGCAUCUGUGGGAUUUGUUGUUGUCACUGAAAAAAAGGUAUGAAUGAAUAGUUUGAAUCCAGGAUCCCACACUUGCACCAUCAUCACGUCCUUAUGAGCAGUUUGCCUCGACCCACCCGCCCAUGAUGAUCAAGAAGCGUGCACAGUAAAGAUCAGGAAAUGAAUGAGUGCACCUCCCCAUCAUAAGAGCCGUAAUAACUUGUUAAGCAGGAUGUGAUCAAGAGCC